UAGAUCCAUCUCCACACAACUACCAGUACACUCCACUCCCAUCACACACACGGACACACCUGCAAGAGCGAGAGCGUGAGCCAUGGCGGGCAUGGGGAAGCAGCCGGUGGUGGCGGCGCUGAUGCUGGCGCUGGUGGUGCUGGCGGCGGCGCCGGGCGGGGCGCACGCGGCGUGCCAGGCAUCGCAGCUGGCGGUGUGCGCGUCGGCGAUCCUGAGCGGGGCCAAGCCGAGCGGUGAGUGCUGCGGCAACCUGAGGGCGCAGCAGGGGUGCUUCUGCCAGUACGCCAAGGACCCCACCUACGGGCAGUACAUCCGCAGCCCCCACGCGCGCGACACCCUCCAGUCCUGCGGCCUCGCCGUCCCCCACUGCUAGGCGCCGGCAGGCCCCUGGCGCAUAUGGCAAGCUAGCUGCCUCAGUGACCAUGAGAGCGUCAGACUAUAGCUAGCCCUAGCUGAGUGCGUGUUGCGUCCAUGAACGCAUCUUCCUGUCAACCAUGUGGUUCGACUUUGAUGAUGCUGGAAUAAAAAUAUAAAAUGUUGGGUGAUGAUCUACGGCGGCCAUGUUGCUUCUUGGCUGCUGCUGCUGGUAAUAAAAUUUGUGUUGCAACUUUGAUGA